UGUCUUGUCUGCACUUGUUUCUUCUCUUUUGUCGUUCGGGGCUAAAUAAUUGCAUUAGGCAUCAGAGUCUUUCUCCCGGAUGACCGGAUUCAAUCAACAUCUUUUCUUUCUUUAUUAAAACGGUAAGUUGUUUUGUGAGGCGGCUGCCGUCCUUUCGUCGUUUUCUGUAAAUAUGAUAUGUUAUCAUCAUCCAUGUUACGUCGUAUCGCGGACGGGCACCAAUGGUGCGUCGGCCCUUUCUCUGCAGAACAGAGAGAGAGAGAGAGAGAGAGAGAACGUAAAACGUGGUCGCGUCUCUUCCUCUCUCCUUAUGGAUGACUCAUUUCCUUUAAUUGCUUUCGACCGCGAGAGGGCUGCUUGCGUUCCCUUUCCUUCCUGUUACCUUCACCCGUGCAUGGAUCCGCGUCCGUGAUUGAUAACAUAGUUUCUCCGCUGGGCCACAUGCUAGGAUUACAUCUUGUGAUGAUAUCUCGCGCCAGGCAGAAGCGCUGUCUUAGCCCUUGGUGCUUCGCACUGUUGCGGCAGCCCAGCGGAAGGGAGGUUUGGUGAUCGUUCAGGCGAACUAAAUCACCGUCGCAGGUGAGACCAAAGCAGCAGCAACGAUGGGCGCCGGCGGACGCAUGACUACGACGGAGCAGGGGCCCCUUCGAUACGGCGGCUGUGGCAUUCCGCUUCACCGUUCGCCCACCGAGAAGCCCUCCUUCACCCUGAGCCAGAUCAAGAAGGCGAUUCCCCGUCACUGUUUCGAGCGCUCCGUCCUCCGUUCCUUCUCCUACGUCAUCCGCGACCUGCUCAUCGCUGCACUCUUCCUCUACUUCGCCGUCUCCGUCAUCCCCAAGCUACCGCUCGGCCUUGCCCUCCCCGCCUGGCCGCUUUACUGGGCCUUCCAGGGAUGCAUCCUAACCGGCGUGUGGGUCAUCGCUCAUGAGUGCGGCCACCACGCCUUCUCCGACUACUCGUUCCUCGACGACGUCGUCGGCCUCGUCCUCCAUUCCGCACUCCUCGUCCCCUAUUUCUCCUGGAAGUACAGCCAUCGUCGCCACCACUCCAAUACCGGCUCCAUCGAGCGUGACGAGGUCUUCGUCCCCAAGCCCAAGGCAGCCCUCCCAUGGUUCAGUAAGUACCUCAACAACCCGCCCGGUCGCAUCCUCACCCUGGCCAUCACCCUCACCCUCGGCUGGCCUUUGUACCUCGCCUUCAACGUCUCCGGUCGCUGCUACCCCCGCUUCGCCUCCCACUUCGACCCCUACGGGCCCAUCUACUCGGACCGCGAGCGUGCCCAGAUCUUCAUCUCCGACGCCGGCCUCGUGGCGGCCCUGUACGUCCUCUACCGCGUCGCCGCCUGCUACGGCUUCUGGUGGCUGGUCAGAGUGUACGGCGUGCCGCUCCUGAUCGUGAACGGGUGGUUGGUCCUCAUCACCUACCUGCAGCACACGCACCCGUCGCUUCCCCACUACGACUCGAGCGAGUGGGACUGGCUCCGGGGGGCGCUGGCGACGGUGGACAGGGACUACGGGAUGCUCAACAAGGUGUUCCACAACAUCACGGACACGCAUGUUGCCCACCAUCUCUUCUCGACCAUGCCACACUACCACGCCAUGGAGGCGACCAAGGCCAUCAAGCCGCUUCUAGGCGAGUACUACCAGUUCGAUGACACGCCACUGCUGAAGGCCAUGUGGAGGGAGGCGCAGGAAUGCAUUUACGUGGAGCCGGAUCAGGGGAGCAAGCUGAAGGGCGUCUUCUGGUACCGCAAGGAGUUGUAAGUCGAGCUCAGGACAUGUCAGUGGAGUGAGAGGAGGCGACAUUUAGUGUCACCUUUUUUUCGCGUUUGUUCCCGUCCGUAACGUGUAAUAUCGUCCUCGUUAUGUACCCCUUCCCCUUCACGUUGGUAUUUAUGUAUCCGUCGUCAAGUAAACGUUGCAUGCGUAUGCUUCGUAUCUCCAGACAAAUGGUCGAGAUAUUCCAUGGGCUCAUGUAUCAUUUUGCUUA